UAAAGGAGAGCCGAAGUUUGAAGCCAAAUUCAUAUCUUCAAUUUUGACGAGUAAGAAAAAUGAGAUUAAGCAUCACAAUCUCCUUAACAGAUCAAAUUCAUGUGCUCGAACCUUACACAACUAUAGGCAUGAAAAGGAGCUGCUUUUCCAUUGAAUAAUAGGUUGAAGAGUUCUUCUGCUUCUGCUUGGUGACUGGAAGUUUCUUACUGGUUAAUGCUAUGCUAGUUUGUCAUGGGCUGCUAUCAUUCGAAGAAAUCAAAGACUCCAGGUUAUGAGGAGCCCACCGUCCUUGCUGCGGAAACACCCUUUACGGUGAGUGAGGUGGAGGCAUUGUUUGAGCUUUUUAAGAAACUGAGCAGUUCAAUUAUUGAUGAUGGGCUGAUUCAUAGGGAAGAAUUCCAGCUUGCAUUGUUCAGAAAUCAAAAUAUGAGAAAUCUGUUUGCAGAUAGAAUUUUCGAUUUAUUUGACUUGAAGCGGAAUGGGGUUAUUGAAUUUGGGGAGUUUGUGAGAUCAUUGGGCAUCUUUCAUCCUAAUGCAUCAAUUAAAGACAAAAUUACAUUUGCUUUUAGGCUAUAUGAUUUGAGGCAGACAGGGUUUAUAGAGCAAGAAGAGUUGAAGGAAAUGGUUUUGGCACUUCUACAUGAAUCAGAGUUGAUUCUUUCGGAUGACGUCAUUGAAACAAUCGUGGAAAAGACAUUUAAUGAAGCAGACGCGAAUGGUGAUGGAAAAAUUGAUCAAGAAGAGUGGAGGGAGUUUGUGAUGAAGCAUCCAUCAUUGAUCAAGAACAUGACAUUACCAUACUUAAAGGAUAUAACCAUGGCAUUCCCAAGUUUUGUUGCCAGCACAGAAGUUGAAGAUUCAGACAUGUAGUAGAUUUCAAUCAAUCCGAGAAGGUUUUCUCUUUCCUGGUUUCCAGACAAUGUCAAUGAGAAUGCUGUGACAACAACUGCAAGAUACGAUGCGAGAGUUCAUGUUCAGUCACUCGUGAAGAAGAGUCAUUCCGUGAAAUCUGCAGUCAUCUUACCUCUGAUCUAUCCGUUCAUCAUCUUCAGACACCAGUUGCAUACAGGUUUGCGUGUUGAUCAGUACGAUUUUGUAGAUCACUAUGGGUGUAAUUCCUGAUUUACUGCUUUGUGGGUUUGGAAUAUUUUUUGUAUGAAUAGAAUCAGGCAUUGUAUGUUGGGAGCCAAAGCUGCUGAUAUUUAGGAAGAUUUGAAAGCAUUAGCUGAACACUAGAGUGAGUUUCAUUACGUGCAUAGAAAGUUUUAAACUUGAAUCUUGAUCAUAGGUUGAAGUUCAACUAUCAAGAUUCAAAGAGUUCAUGUAUUCAUUAUUUGACUGGAGUGCUAUCAUACAAUUCUCUCAGAAGAAACUUUCUCAAGAAAAUGAAAAUCUUAAGACAUUGUGGUGAAAUGUCACGACUAACUUGGGAAGAAUUAU